UGCCUCAUGGAGAACAGUGUCACGAGUGACUUGUGCACCGUGUUUUUUGUAAAACCGCCUGCUUUCUUUUGUUACUAGGAUAAAGGCCAGCGGCUACAACCCAUAUCCCCGACUAACAUGGCCCAAAGUGGGGAGCAGGCCGGGCUGGCUGAUUUUCUGGAAGCAGGCCCCUCCACAUGCCAAGAGAGCAAAGUCCCAGAACCUAGUUGCUCAAAGGAAGUAAUGGAUGAAAAAGAGAAGGAAAGAUUAAAGAGGGCAUCCAGGAACAAGUCUGAAAAGAAGAGGAGAGAUCAGUUCAAUGUUCUCAUUCGAGAGCUUUGCACCCUGCUCCAGGAGGAGGGCCAUCCCGUCAAGAUGGAUAAGGCUACCAUAUUACAGAAGACCAUUGACUUUUUCCACCAGCAUAAAGAAAAAAAAACCCAGAUGCAAGCUGCUAAUGCCAGAAGGGCCUGGAAACCACCAUUUCUUACCAACAAUGAAUUCACACAGUUGAUGUUUGAGGCAUUGGAUGAAUUUCUGAUUGUCCUGACCACCGAGGGAAUAAUUAUUUAUAUAUCUGAUAAUAUCUCUCCUCUGCUGGGCCAUUUACCGUCAGAGCUGGUGCGCCAGAAUAUAUUAACCCUUCUCCCUGAGCAAGAGCGCGCGGAAAUCUUCAAGGUACUCUCUCCACAGACAAUCCUGCCAAGCCCUGUCUCUACUGAUUUUCUGAAUGAAAAACAAAUUGAGUUUUCCUGUCAUUUAGCAAGAAGAAGGAUGAACCCCAAUGAGCCUGUGGUUUAUGAAUUUGUGAAAUUUUUUGUGAAUUUUAAAUACCUUUCUCAUGUGCCUAUACCAUCCUGCAGUGACUUUGAGUCCACGGUUGCCAAGGUGUUUGGUUCCCCCACGGAUGAUCCGCUUUGUCUGGUAGCGACGGUUCGCCUCUGCUCGCCCCAGCUUUUAAAGGAAGUUGUUACCAGGGAUGAGGCUGGUGAAGAAUUUGCAUCAAGACAUAGUUUAGAAUGGAAGUUUCUGUUCUUGGAUCACAGGGCCCCACCCAUCAUUGGUUACCUACCCUUUGAGGUGCUGGGAACAUCAGGCUAUGACUAUUACCAUGUUGAUGACUUGGAGUCUCUCACCAAGUGCCAUGAACAAUUGAUGCAAUUUGGAAAAGGAAGGUCCUGUUAUUAUCGGUUCCUGACAAAAGGCCAGCAGUGGAUUUGGUUGCAAACUCACUAUUACAUCUCUUAUCACCAGUGGAAUUCCAAGCCUCAAUUCAUUGUUUGCACACACACUGUAGUUAGUUAUGCCCAGAUUGAGGCUGAAAGAAGAAAAAAACUCGCAUUUGAAGAGCCAUCGGCGACAGAAACGACCCGUGUACCUUUUAAGAGUUCUAACAGUUUCGUGGAUGUCUCCCAGAGUGGAAACCGUUUGGACAUGACUACAGAGGGCGCAUCUGGGUCAUCCCACAGCAUCCUGCAUAGCUCCUCCUUCCCAGUUCAGUCCAAUUCAACAUCCCCAUUGUUACUGCAGUCCAAAAAAGUCAGCAAGACUCUGACGAGAUGGGAUCUGCCCAAGGGACAGCCAGCUAAAACAUUUGAUAAGACCUUCUUCAGGAAGGCAGCCAGCAGCAGCACCACCAGCAGCAGCAACAGCAACAGCAGCAGCAGCAGCAGCAGUAGCAGCUGCCCUGAGGGCCUGCUGUUUCCUCAAAGCUUCACUGAGAAUAUUGCCACACACCCUGUGGCCCCAAGGAAAAUACCCAUGGUAUCCUCUCAACCAGAAGCUAUGUCUCUGUUCCCCUCUCUAGAGGAGCUUGGGGUGAUGCAGCAACUCAAGGAAGAGCUGGAAGGACGAACUCGGACAUUACAGGCGGACAUCGAAACCCAGAAGCAGGAGCUCCAUGCAAUCAAGGAGUGUCUGCAGAUUGUGCACAAUACUGACUUCCAAAUGCAUCAACAAGGGACACUCGGCGCCUUUCCGGCAAAGACAACAUCUGGCCUGUACCCCCCCGAGAGCAGAUCUCUUUCCCUGGCACUGCCUAUGCUGUUACAGCCAUGUACAUCACUGAACUUCAAGUCUCCCAAGCCCCUGAAACCAAAAAAAGGAUCUCAUCGGCGAGCCAGAGUACCCAAGACAGCUACAAAAUGCCAAUCUGAUUUCCUGGAGCCUGAAUCUUAUGGUAGCUCUACUAUACCCUCAGACCAGUUCCUUGAGGAGCCAUGCAUUACCCCUAGCCUGCAGCAGCAGCAAGAGCAGAAUUUAAUAAAUGAAAAUGAGGAACUAUGUGUACCGGACCACACCAGCAUCUCCAUGCCUCUCUAUGGUGACCCCAUGCUGUUUUCUGAGACUUACUCCAUCACCGUUUCAGCUGAAGUGCCAAUUGAUAUCAUUCAACAGCCAAUUGAAUGUGACCAAGAUAUCACUCUCGGGUUUCUCCAAGACGAUCAGCUUCUGCCUGCUCCUUCAGCAUUUGCUCCCAUGUUCAUUCCAACCACUGACUUAGCCAUCCUCGACUCACAGCAGCUUCCUGUUCACCAGUGGCAAGAGCCCCAGGUCCCCGAGAGUGACGUCUGUGUUCAGAUUCAUACUCCUGAGGCAGUCCAGGGAAGUCAGACCUCAGGGCUUUUCCAGGCACCCCAACUAUUGCAGUCACCCUCCAUGGGCUGUUUCCUGCAGUCCCAGCAGCCCAAUGCAGAGAUGUAGGCUUCAUGAGGGGCAGGGCUGUGGCGACAAGAGGAACGCUAGCUAGAGCCCAUGAAAAAGCAAUUCAAGGGGAACAGAAGCUCUUGGAAGAGAAGAAGCAUCCCAGAAUGAGGGGGACUCUGGGACAGAGGGGGGAUUGGGUGGAAGGGAGCUGAAACACUGGCAUAGGGGAGAAGUGCCAGGAAGUGCCCGGAGGGAUACAGUGCCGGGAUCUGCUUUUUUUUUUUCUUGGUGUAACAUUUCUUUAGUAUUUAAAGCUAGAGUGUACAUUUCUUUAAGUAAUGUUGUAAAAAACCAAAUCUGCUCAGUGGUGUAACCAGAACUUGAAACUGUGACUAGCUACCAUUUAUGUCUCCCAACACACACACACACACACACACACACACACACACACACACACACUGGUUUAUACAUGUUGCAGUUUUGCAAUGCUAGCUAGAGUUGCUUUAACCAGCCAUUCUGGGAAUCCCUUUCCCAUCAAAGUCAAUCUUUAAAAGCCCUUCAUGACUUCAGGGGAAAGGUGAUUCCCUUAGGUGUGAUUUCUCGCUAUUCAUCAAAGCUCCUGGGUCCCAAAGUUGCAUUCAUUAACCAAGCCAAGCAUCCAUCACUUUGGGAAAAUCCCAGGAGCCCACUGGGCAGUAAAACACUCAGCCACCUGUCAGUUCAAUGACCAAGAAUUUAGGGCUUUGGAGAUGCCUAAUGAUUCACUGUGAAUUUUAGACCAGCUCCUGGAACACAAACUGUAACAAACCAGCAGGACUGUACUUAAAUGUUCUGUAGAAAACUUUUCCUUUGGGGAGUGGUAAGUUGUAGCUUGUUUCAUGCGUUGCUUUGUUUCUCAUACCUCAAUCCCAUACCGUUUUUCCAAAUUGUUGGAUAACGCUGCUAAUUUAACACCACUCAUGCCUGAAAUUCUUACUUGUGUCAAACAAAACUAUUGUAUUUGGAUUCUGACGUGCAAGUCCAUUUAUCUGUAUUUGUGCCUGGAAGGCCGGGUGCCUGUCACCUCAGUAGCUCACCUCAGCUUUAGGUCAUCAAAAGCAGCUGGCUACAACAUUAGCAAUUCAGGAGUUGUACGGUAGUGGAUUUUACCUUUUCUUCUAAAUGUUCAUUGUUUUGAAUCGAAAUAGUUGUUCUUCAGUGGGUAUUUUUAUUGAGUGUUCCCACAGUUAGCGUAUUUGCAAAAGAAAAUUAAUUCUUUUGUUCUGACAGGAUUACAUAGUGUGCAAUGUUUCAAUUCAAGCAACCAAUGAUUAUUAAAAGAAUGCUUCUGGUAUUUGAAAAUCUGCAUAAAGAAGUAAUUGUUUGUAUUUGAUGCCCAAUUCAUAAAGCAGUACCAUUGCUGGAAGUAGAGAAAGGGUGUUUAACUGCAUCGGUGGCUGGACUAAGCCAUGGGGAAACUGAUCCUGGGAAUGGAGACCCGGGGCCAAAGUCUGGGGCCUUCAAAACCUGCCUGCUCCUUGAUGGUGAACACAGGGGCUAGGGCCUCAGGAGCUCCCGUUUCAUCUCAGCCCUGGGAGGCAGGUCAGAUGGCAUCUCUAUUUUACCAAGAGAAGUUGGGCGACUUGCCCAGACCCCUAUGACCAGUAAGGACCUGAUGUAGAAGUCCCUGCUUUUCACAGAGUGCUAGUACCUAACGUAUGGACAGUGGUCUAUGGUCUUCAGAGUAUUUGAAUCAUUCUCUUUCUUGAUCUUCAUUCUUAACUCUAAGUUCAGGAAAAUGGCAACUUUCUAACAUGGCUGAUUAGCCAUAGAGCUGGGGCCAAAAUCUGGGCCUUAUGACUUGAAGUAGUGGCUGGAUAUGGUUCCGAGGAAGCUGGGUGGUAAAGAUGAGGAGGCUGGUCCUGGAGUCUAGAAACCUUGAGUUUCAAUUCUGUCUCACUUUGCUGACUGUGUAGUCUAGGCAGUUAACCUCUCAGCCUCAGGUUCUGAAUCUGGAAAAUGGGAAUAAUAAUAGUACCUACUUGGUGAAAUAGGUAAAAGGGGACAGUCUGUGCUUUAGGAAAUACCCAUCAUGCCCAGUUGGCAUUAUUUUGCUUGCUGGCAUCUUACUCCCUUCAAAAUCUCUAACCUGAGAAAAGGUUCAAGAGACCCAGAACAAUUCUUCUUCCUGUCCUUCCUGUCAUGGAGAGCACAAACUGAAGAAAUUUGUAUAUACUGGCUACCCAGCUUUAUUUAUUGUUGCAGCGCUCAGUGGCACUGUGUCAGAAAGGGGAUACAUCCCAGUGAUGGGCUUCAGAAAUUCUACACGAGAGAGAAAUCAUGGAAGAGUGAUAGGGCUGCCUUCCAUGAUGGAGAGGCCAUCCUUCUGUCCCUUCCUGUUGGGUCAGAUUUGUUCCAAAGGGGAAGGAGCAGGGGGCACAUUUCAGAAUGGUCUCCAUACAGUGAUUUUAAGGUUAAACUCGGCCUUGGCAGAAAUGGUACAUCCUUCAGUACUAUGUGGCUGGGUCAUGGGGGCCCUGAGAGUUUUGUGGAAUCGCUCUCUGGUUCAUGUGAGAACACUGUUGGUCUUGUACUCAUGGUACUUCUACUGACACUGCCCCGGCCCAAUGACACCUGAAUCCCAUGUGGACCCAAGUCUACCUUGCUCUAAGAGGUUCUGUUGCCAGCUUUUGUUUAUAGGAGCACAGAUCUGGAGCUGGAUCCCAGAGGUCGUCUUGUAUAGCCUCCCCAGAUGAGAAAAAAUGAGGCCUGGAGAUGUUAAGGGAUCUGCUACGUAGGUAGUAAGUGGCAAAGGUUGACUUGAAUCCAGGUCCUCUGCCUUCAAAUCCUGGGACCUUGCACCAGUUAUGCUUACUCAUAACCAUUAGUCAUUCCUGGGAAUGAUAGGGCCAAUGGCGUGUUUCCUUUUGGGGGAGAAGGGAGUGAGGGGCAUGUCUGACAGCAAGUGGCGUCUAUUAAGGAGCAGAAGGAAGGACGGGAUGACGGAACUAAUAGAUCUAACAUUCCAUGUGAUACAGAUGGUCAGUACUGCUCUGCCCGGGUCACGGGCUGGCAACACGGCUCAUGGCAACACGGGUUCAGAUCUCAGUUGCCUCUUACCGCUCAUGUGAAUUCGGAUAAGUCAAACUCCCAAGUCUGUUGCCUCCUUUGCAUAAUGGGAGGCUUAGGCCUAGCUCAUCUUAAGCUCCCUGCGACUGUAAUGCAGCUAACCCCCAGAGAAGAACAGAAGCCGGGUUAAAUAAUAUAAGUUCUAAGGUAUUGAAGAAAUUUGGGAAAGUUAACUAGGUGACAUCCGUUUUUUGGAAAGUCGUAUGAUGAAGAGAAUAGAAAUGGAGAUUUGUACAUGUAUGGCCUUCCCUGCUGUGGCGGUAGUACAUAGCCAUGUCAAUUAUCAAACUUGCCUGGGAGCUAAGUGCUGGGCUCACAGUAUGCGUACUUGCUUGUGUUAUGCUUGCUUUGAUGAUAGAGUUGCCAAAACAUUCCCAUGAUACAUCAUUCCAAGGAGCUGCCCUGGACAUGGGGGGCUCAUUUAAGUAGGGCAAUAUUGGCAGCUCUGCAGCAUUCUGACAAGAGUGGAGGGAACUCGGGCCAUGUCAAGUGUCAUCUCCAACAGAAAAGAGUAUUACAUUUGAGUUACUCGGGCCUGUUUUUUUUUUUUCCCCACUCUCCCUUUAAAGGGCAAGAAAAAGUACAGAGGUAAACCCUGAACAAAGUCAAAAGCCUGAAAAGCUUGAUCCCGACUCUAUAGCCCAUUGAGUUUUAUAAAAUCACCUCGUUUCUCAGUGUCACGUUUUCCCCACGUGGAAAAUGGACAUGACGAUGCCUACCCUAAUUAGUUCAAAGAACUGGAAAAGAAAUAGAUGCAUGUGAAAACUCUUUAGAGGAAAAGGCCUGACAGAAAUGGGGCCACUCAGGUUAUCUCUGUUUUAUUUAUUUUUUGAAGAAUACAAUUAUAGUAUCCAGCCCGCCCCCUCCCAAAUUUCUUAGUUACUUCUUGAAUGUACCCAUUUUCGUCAUUCCCGAGGAGACCAAAGGAGAGUGAAAAUGACCUCUUCAGGGUCUCAUAGCCAAAUAUAAAUGAAACUGGAAUGUGUAGCCCAGGUCUCUGGCAUUCUCAUUUCUUGUUUAACUGUGACAAGUCAGACAAUUAAAAAAGAGCAUGGGAAUGCUGACAGAUCAAGGAGCAAGCCCACAUUUCCGAAAGACUGACUUUUAGUUGCCAGAAGAGAUCAAGGGAAUAAGGAAUCAUGGUCCCUUUCUCCCAAGACACCUAUCGACAAAUACCCCCGGCUAGGUUCCACUGUCUACCGUGAGUUCAGUGUGCUCAAAAGCAAGCAUCCAGUUUCAGUGCUGAGCUUGUGAUCCCCAAGGAACUUGUUCCAUGUCAACCUUUUCCCAUUCAGGCAAAUUUAGCGUGGAAGUUGGUUGACUGCCUCCCGCCAGUGGUCACAGGUAGGCUUAUCAAAGCUGCCUACUGUUUAGCUGGGAUGGGCAACAGAGGCCACAGCUUGAGCUAAAGAAAAGCUCUUUCUCUAACCUCAGCAAGGCAGGUCUCUGCCACCUGCUCACUUUCUGUGAGGGCCAUACUUGGCUAGUGUGGAGGCAGACCUUAGUGCUGAAAUCAGUCUCCAGGCGAUGGGUAUGGUAUGAAGAUUUUUCCAAGGAGUUGUUACUUGUCUGCUUCGUGGAGAACACAGGCUGUGACCCUCUGGCCCACUGAUAAGAUGACCAAGUCAGAGCCCCUGAGAUGUGAUCUGAUGCCUUUUAAGACAGAAAUAAAAAGGAAUGGAAUCGUGUAAAGGAUGGACCAGUUAAUGUGGCCAUUUGUGGAUUUAACAUUCAGCUCAACAGCAUAGGGCUGAGUGUGUAUGUGUAGAGAAUCUGUACCAUAGCAGAUUGUAAAUGAGCGCUAGCUAUGCAGAGAACCAAGGUUCAAAUUCCACUUCCGCCACUCCCUGGGUGAUCUUGGGUGACAUCACUUUGCCUCUCUGUGCCUCAGUUUCCUCCUCUAGAAAAUGAAGGGAUUGGGCAAGAUGGCCUUCUUGCUUUAAACUUAUGUCAGUAUUUCCAUCCCACACCAGGCACACUUGUGUUCAACAGUCACUUUUU